GCGGGUCGACAGCAGAAACAAGGCAAGAGGUUUACAUUCAAUUGAAGAAACGACAUCGUUUACGCGAAGUGCAGUUGAUAGACAUGAUCGAAGGCGGAGUAAUCUCCGAGAAUAGGCGAGAAAGUCGUGUGAUGAGACCGAUGCCGAUGGACUUGUUCGGAGAGAUGGAUGAGCAAGGAUCGGCGAUGGCCAUGGACGUCGACGACGUUGAUUCGCUCGAUAUUUUCGGCGAGGGGGUCAUCGUCGCCGAUAACAAGCUCGCCGACGCUGACUUUUUUAACAGCUUCGAGGACGACUUCGAUGAUACUGAUAUCAACUGACGUAUCCCAUCUUUUCCCAACUCUUUUACUACUCAAUAUGGUGCUUUUGGUUCGUUGAGUUGAGAAUUUAGGGGUUCACUGUAUUAGAGCCGAGCUAUUUUGCUAUUGAUGGUGGACAAGGGAAAUUUUAAACCUUUUCUUGGAUUUUCUAUACUUUGUAUGAUGUGGAUUAAUUUUACCAAUAUGAUACAUAUCUUGAUUUGUGUGAUU